AUGGGCUCUAGCUUGAGCGCCAACUGCUGCGUUGAGCCAGAGUACUUCUACAAGAGCUUCGAUUUCCUCUGGGCCUUUGCUUCCAGAGACAAGCCGCCGGAUGGGACCUAUCUGUCCAGAACUGGUCCGCCCCAGGUGUGCAUCCAGGAGCCCCUGGUGUACGGCUCACGGCCCGCGCGCAAGCGCUGCAGCUUCGGAGCGAGCUGCAAGCGGGCGAACCCCCAGCACUUCCUCGACGAGAGCCACCCGGGAGAUCCCGACUUCGGGGAGGUGGCCAUAGUGUUGCCCUCGGUGACUCCGGGGCCUCAACUCCACCUGAGGGACCAGAGCUUCGAUUGGAUCCGCUUCGCCAACGACAAGCAGGACCGGGACCUGCGGGCGGAGACCGCGGCGCUGACGCUGAAGGCGUGUUUGGCGCGGGGCUACCAGCUGAAUGCGGUGGUGCCCUUGCAGCGGGUGGAUGCCUUGCUGGAAGGCACGAAGCUCAUCAAGCUUGAUGAGGUGGCUGCGUCCAACUCCCGGGCGCGGCUCAGCGCGGAGAGCUCCACGGCGCUGGGCUGCGCGCUGCGGCGCGCACAGCGCGGGGAGAAGGUGGCGGUGCUCGGCGCGGCUUCGGCAUACCAUCCCUGCGGGGGAUUCCGCACAGGAGGAAGGCACGCACUGGAGGAGUCCAUGUGCGUCCAGUCCAGCCUGUGCCUUUCACUGCAGCGAGCCGUGUGGCUGUCAAGCCACGGUGGGGUCCAGGUCCCCAUCCCUGAGCGCCUCCGGCAGGAUGGCAGGAGGGACUGGUUCUGCUACAUCCCGGAGCAGGGCGCAGUGCUUAGCCCCUUUGUCGAGGUCUUCCGAAAGGGCUCCGACGAAGGAUACGCAUUCCUGUCCGCCCCGGUUGAGCUUGCUGCGGUGGUCAGCGUAGCAAUGCCCAACAAGAACCCCAGCGUCAAGGACUCGCCCUUGGAUGCCCCGCAAGAUGCUGCGGCGUACAAGGCGCUCUUGGUGUCCAAGUUCCAGGUGGCUUUGGGCGCAGCGUCGCUGGCGGGCGCCAGCACUUGCGUGGUGCCGGGUGUGGGGUGCGGCAUCUUCAAGAACGACCCAGGCGACAUGGGCGCGGCUCUCAAGGAGGCGAUGGCGCGCGGCUGCGGCAAACUCCGAGAGGUGGUGCUGGCUGGAGUGCCGCCGGAGUUCGCCAAAGCAGCGCAGUGA